CAGAGCCCAGGCAUGGCCAAGCCUCAGGGCGGCGCCGUCAGCACCCCGCGCCCCCGCUCCUCCUCCGGCGCCAAGGCCGCCGCCGCCGCCACCACCCCGGCCAACCGCAGCUCCGUGGGCUCCUCCUCGUCCGCGCCCCCCGCCCCCCUCGCCAAGGAGGCAGGCAAGCUCCUCACCUACGACGACGACGACGCCGCCUCCGCCGUGCAGCAGCAGCCCGACCCCGCGCUGCCCGAGGGCCUCGCCGUCGCCGACCUCGCGCCGCCGCUCGACCUCCCCGACCCCGCGCUGCCCGAGGGCCUCGCCGCCGCCGACCUCGCGCCGCCGCUCGACCUCCCCGACCCCGACGACGCCGCCUCCUCCUCCUCCACCGUCGUCCCCGCCCCUCCCCGCGACGCGGUCCCCGCCCCCGACCGCUCCGCCCUCGCCCAGGUCGCACGUCCCGCCGACGCCAACGACACUGACGCCGACGCCGAGGGCUACACCGUCCUCAGGGAGCUGGAGGUGGUCCUGGCCGAGCUGCGCGGGGCCAGCGGUCUGAGCGCGCGCUCGAGGCGCCUCCUGGCCGCGCUCGCCGAGGCCGCGGCGGACGAGCUCGACGUUCUCCGCACCCGCCGCGCGGCCUUCUGGAGGAAGCUGCGCGUCGGGGUCCUCGCCGCGACGGUCUUCUCCGUGGCCGCCAUGGACGCCGUCCUCCUCGCCGCGCUCCUGGGCGGCCCCCGCGGCAGCGGCAGCCACGCGCUGCCCCCCACCUGAUCGCGCUGCUUCGCCGGUGCCGCCGGCUGCCUCCUGUUUUUAUCCUCAUCGAUCAGUAGCUUGUUAAUUAGCCUUGCUGCACUAGUAAGUUACGUCGUGGUGAUUAAUUAAUUGCUGCACUUAGUAGUAGCGUCGGUCUUAUGAAAAUACCAUAAUUAAAAUAGCGGGCUACGGCAAAUAACGGCGACCGUCAAAGUUCAGAUGUCUAUCGGAUCUGUGUUGGGUUUGGCUCAGUGUAUCUCUUGAAGGUA